GUCGAGGCGAGGCAAGGUAAAGCGAGUAGGGACGGGGUAAGGCAAGGCGCAUUGGCGAGGCAUGCUAAAGCAACGGGUCCAAAGUCGCCGUGCCACGGCGAGGCCCCGGUGGCGCGUUAACCUCCCGCUCGUACGCAGUACGCUCUCGACUCUCGCGCAGGCCAGGUUGCACCAAUCCCGUCAGUCGAUCCGCCGACCACGUGCAUCCCGCCACGACAGGCGAAACCACGAGAGAGAGAGAACGGCCAGAGCGUCGAUUCGAUCGCGCGCACGUGCCUCUCGUACAGCGACGAGAGACGUCUCUCGGCGACCUGGACGGGGACGAUAAUGGUGAAUUCUUGCCGAUAAAGGAAGCUUACCGCGACGGAUGUAACGCGCGAGUCUUGUCGCGAGAAACACGUUCGAUCAAUCGUCCCACGAUGAUUACAAGGUGAAACUAACCAGGAGGAACGGCGCUGUGGUUUCUCAUCUCUUUCUUCAACGCGUCCGCGAGAACGCGUGCCGCGACCGAAGACGAUCGAUCCGGAUGAUCGGCGGAGGAACGAGGGGAACCUGAUUCGAAGCGAGUUCGUGCUGCUGCUGCUGCUGCUGCUGCUGCUGCUGCUGCUGCAGCCGCCGCCGCCGCCGCUGAGUAGCCAGCUCGAAUAAUUACAACUAGUUCGUUAGCAAACGCGGCUAAAUCUUCGCGCGCGCGCGGCAGACCCCGCGAGUAAACGAAACCGAGUGAAUUAGCCGACACAAAGUCACGAGAGAGAGAGAGAGAGAGAGAGAGAGAGAGAAAGCGAAAAGAAAAGGGAAAAACAGAGUGGAGAGAAUAAAGAGGAACAGGAUACAAAAGAAAAGGGAAUAAAAUGGAAACGUGCGAGCGACCCGCGAACCUGCGAACCAGCUGGGAAAGCGCGUGGAGAAUUGCACGCGCAGUCAAGUGAUCCACGUAGUCGCGACUCGCAGCGUUCACCUGUCAACGUCUGACAUGCAGUCGCGGCAGAGCGCAUUGGCGAAGUCUGUUCGCGGGGAAGUCUCGCGAAGUAAAUCGCACGCCGUACGUUAACGUCGCCGUAGCUCGUGACGGACGCGCGCGCGCGCGCAAGCGCGCGCGCGAGCGAGCGAGCGAGCGAGCGAGCGAGUGAACGAGCGAGAAGUGGUUCUUCCACUGGCGGCGGAAAAACGAGGAAAAAGGGGACAACAAUAAAAGCGCGAGGAAAGAACAAGAACAUGCCGGUCGCCGGGACCAGGAGAUUAUGCAGAGUGGGACUCGCCGCGGUCCUCGUCACCGCGCUGUGCGUCUUGACUCUGCUGGACUCGCCGCCACGACUCCCGGAUCCUCCGACCGAUCUUCCUCCCACGCCUGGUGGCGAGCCGCCGGGCACAAGAAGCAUCGUCGCUUAUUCGUGGGCACGGAGAUUGGCACUCGAUUACAGGCCCACCAAGCAGUGCGACGGUAAUGGAACGCGCGAAAUGGCGUUAAACGCCGCGUACAAGCCGCCCGGCACGAAGUGGCUCGAGACAAUCCCGGGACAGCUCUUCCUGUACAGCGCCCACUUGGACCUCAGAGUCGCCGGUUACCCGAGCAUCAGAGUGAUUGGCGUUAAACGAGGAACUCCGCCGCCCUCUACGCUCUUCUGCACUAUAUGGUACCGGGAGCACGGCAGGACGCGAUCGGUGAGCGUGGAGGCCCUCGUCUCCACGAUCUGGUUGAACGAAUGGGGCGGCACGGAGGACAGUUACACCGGAGUGCUCGUCAACUGCCAAUUGCCUCUGGACGGCUCGAUACGCUCGCAGCCGUCUUGGGUUCACGUAGGACUAAACGGCUGCCACGCGAAUGCUAGUCAUAGUUUAACGACCCGCUCCGAAUUCGCCGCCGACGAGCCGCUUGCGUCCGGCCGCAAGAGACGCCGCCAGCAGUUCACGCUGUGCAUCAAGGGACUGGAUUUCGACGAGGACAUAUCGCACAGGUUGAUCGCCUUCGUCGAAUUACACCGUAUCCUCGGCGCCAAGCUCUUCUACUUCUACGUGUUCAAUGUGCACGAGAACGUGCUGAAGGUGUUGCGCUUGUACGAGCGCUCGAACGUGGUGCGGUGGUUCGCGCUCGACCUACCGGGCGAUCUGCCGAACGAGAAGUCGGCUAGGAGGCGGUUCUUCCGCGAGGACAUCUGGACGAAGAGGCGGAUGGAACUGAUACCCUACAAUCAUUGUUUCUACGAGAACCUCCAUCGCUCGGAGUUCGUGGUACCGAUCGACAUCGACGAGGCGAUCGUGCCGACGCGCAGGAAAACCUGGCACGAGCUGCUGCUCGACGAGCGCGGCAAGCUCGGCAGGAGCUUCAAGGACUUCGCCUCGUACUCUGUACGCAAUGCUUAUUUCUUCCCCGAGCUGCAGAACAAGAGCCAGAGCGAUCAGCUCGCCGGCGCCGACCGGCGGCGGCGGCAGCUCGUCGGCCGCGGUCGCUCGGCCGACCCUUACCCGGAUUACCUGGACACCAUGCGAACGGCCAGUAUCUCGCCCGAGGGCGACUCGGUGAAGAGCUUCGUCUCCACGAGGCGCGCGCUAACGGUGCACAAUCAUUAUGCCCUGACCACGCUGAACCCGUCCACUAGACGGGCUCAUCAUCUGGACUCGAACGACGUACUCAAGCACCACCACCGAGCCUGCGACAGCAGACAUCUCGACUGCGAUCUCCUGAUGGAAGACGUUAGAAUCGACGAGUCCGCUCUGCGCUACGCGGACGAGCUCAAGACGAGGAUGAAGAUCGCGCUGGCCGAUCUCAACGCCUUGCCAUAGACUACAGUGAUGUUGUAAAUAAUAAAAAGAAUACCAUGCCUGCCCGAAAACGCGUCCUUUGGACUUCCCCCGAAACGUCCCAACGUCUCGCGCUAGUUCUCUC